GAGAAGCGGCGAUGGCCAGAGGCGCGCACCUCCUCGGCUGCCACCCUGCCAGGCGCUCUUAACCUUGGCCUCGGCGGGCGCCCGAGGCGGCUACGGGCAGGCAGGAAUCUCUGAGGGAGAAGCCCACUUCUCCUGUCCCACCAGAAGGUUCUAACUGAGGUGUCAGCUGCUGGGGACCUUCCAGGCUGUGAUUCCAAGCUGGGAUGACUGCAAGCCUUCGAGAGAAGGAGGCUCCUCUGGGACCCCGACUAUACCACUAAAAUGCACUGGCUGAGACGGGACCUCCCUGCCUGUUUGGUGGUUCUCCAUCCCUAGGCUCCAGAGUCUGCCGCUGCUGUCAGGAUCGCCUGGAGCUCCAGUGGCCAGUGGCUUCAUCAUGAGUGAUGAGAAGGGCCUGGGGCUGCCCCAGAAGUUGGUCUCUCCUUCUCGGAGCACCAGCAGCUGCUCCUCCAAGCAGGGGAGUCGACAGGUAGAGGACAGCUGGGAAGUGGUGGAAGGCCUCCGGGGAGAGAUCACCUCCACCCAGGAGCCCCAGAUCCAGAAGGGCUUCCUGCUGAAGAAGAGGAAGUGGCCACUCAAAGGCUGGCACAAGAGAUUCUUCUUCUUGGAGAAAGGGAUCUUGAAGUAUGCCAAGAGCCUGGCUGAUAUAGAGAGAGAAAAGCUCCAUGGAUCCAUUGAUGUUGGGCUCUCCGUGAUGUCUGUCAAGAAGUCCUCAAAAUGCAUAGACCUCGAUACAGAGGAGCACAUCUACCAUCUGAAGGUAAAGUCCGAGGAAGUCUUUGACGAGUGGGUAGCCAAGCUGCGUCACCACCGAGUAUAUCGUCAAAAUGAGAUUGCUAUGUUCCCACGGGAUGUUAACCAUUUUUUCUCUGCGUCCACUGUCUCGGACUCUGCAUCUGGAGUACUUGACUCUGUAUCAAAUAGGAAGCGCAGCAGUAUAUCGAAGCAGAGUUCGUUGCAGACGGGAAGCAAUUUGUCGUUCAGCUGUGGAGAAGCCAGGCUCCCCAUAUGGACACAGUCUUCCGAAGACAUGGAAAAAUGUUCCAAAGAUCUGGCCCACUGUCAUACCUACUUGGUGGAGAUGAGCCACCUCCUCCAGAGCAUGGAGGUCCUUCACAGGACCUACUCAGCCCCGGCGAUAAACGCCCUUCAGGGUGGAGCUUUUGAAAGUCCCAAAAAGGAAAAAAGACCCCACAGACGGUGGCGGGCGAGAGCUAUUAGCAAAGAGGCCAAAGGAAUGCUGCAGGUCCCGAAGCCUUAUUCAGGCCCAGUCAGGCUUCAUGCAUCCAAUCCGAAUCUGUCAACGCUAGAUUUUGGGGAAGACAAAAAUUAUUCUGAUGGUUCUGAAACCUCAUCAGAAUUUUCCAAAAUGCAAGAAGACCUGUGUCACAUUGCGCACAAAGUUUACUUCACCUUAAAGUCAGCUUUCAAUACCAUAUCAAAUGAGAGGGAGAAACUGAAGCAGAUGAUAGAGCAUGAGUCCUCCUCAUCACCAUCCGCACAGAUUGUGGGUCUGAAGCAUGCCUUAUCAUCCGCCCUAGCACAAAACACAGACCUUAAAGACCGCUUACGUAGAAUCCAUGCUGAGUCCCUGCUCCUCGAUUCUGCUGCCGGUGCCAAGUCAAGCGAUGGUCUGGCAGAGGAGAUCUCUGGAGAAGAAAGCAGAGCCCUCGUCCAUCAGCUCUCCAAUGAAAGUCGGCUCUCCAUCACAGACUCCCUUUCAGAGUUUUUCGACGCACAAGAAGUCUUGCUGUCUCCAAGCUCCUCAGAAAAUGAGGCUUCUGAUGAUGACUCAUACGUCAGUGACCUAAGUGAUAACGUCUCCAUGGAUAACCUCAGCAAUGAUCUGGAGAAUGAGAGGCAGACUUUGGGCCCCAUUCUCGAAAGUGACCCAGGAGGCCAGAGCAAACGGCGGACCUGCUUGCCGGCGCCCUGCCCCAACACCAGCAGCAUCAGCCUCUGGAAUAUUCUGAGAAACAACAUCGGGAAGGACCUGUCCAAGGUGGCCAUGCCUGUGGAGCUAAAUGAGCCUCUAAACACGCUACAGCGGCUCUGUGAGGAGCUAGAGUACAGCGAGCUGCUGGACCGGGCCUCGAGGACACCAGACCCCCUGGAGAGGAUGGUGUACGUGGCAGCUUUUGCCGUGUCUGCCUAUGCGUCCAGCUACUUCCGAGCAGGAAGCAAGCCCUUCAAUCCAGUGCUUGGAGAGACCUAUGAAUGUAUCCACGAGGAGAAGGGCUUCCAGUUUUUUUCAGAACAGGUCAGCCACCACCCGCCGAUCUCAGCCUGUCAUGCAGAGUCUGCAAACUUCGUGUUCUGGCAAGAUGUGAGAUGGAAAAACAAAUUCUGGGGCAAAUCCAUGGAAAUCGUUCCAGUUGGCACAACGCAUGUCACCCUUCCUGCCUUUGGCGAUCACUUCGAGUGGAACAAAGUGACCUCUUGCAUUCACAACAUCCUGAGUGGCCAGAGAUGGAUAGAACACUAUGGUGAAAUCAUCAUUAAGAAUCUAAAUGAAGAUUCCUGCCACUGCAAAGUGAACUUUAUCAAGGCCAAAUACUGGAGCACCAAUUCCCAUGAGAUCGAGGGCACCAUCUUUGACAAAGGCGGCAAAGCCGUGCGCCGUCUCUUUGGGAAGUGGCAUGAGAGCAUCUACAGUGGCAUGCGGUCCUCAUCAACGUGCAUCUGGAGAGCACACCCCAUGCCCAAAGGGCAUGAGCAGUAUUACGGCUUCACCCAGUUUGCCCUGGAGCUGAAUGAGCUGGAUCCACUGACCAAACCGUACCUCCCUGCGACGGACACACGGUUCCGGCCGGACCAAAGGUUUUUAGAAGAAGGGAACAUAGAAGAAGCAGAAACACAGAAGCAAAGGAUCGAGCAACUGCAGAGGGAUCGACGACGGGUCAUGGAAGAGAAUAACUUGGAGCAUCAGCCUCGGUUUUUCAGGAAAUCCAGUGAUGACUCAUGGGUGAGCAACGGUACUUACUUGGACCUUCGAAGAGACCAUGGCUUUUCCAAACUGGACACUCCUACCCUGUGGUGAAAGAAGUUCAUCUGCCUCUCAUUCUCUGCUGGUUGCUUUCUGAGACAAUGCAUACUUAUCUAUAUAUAAAUAUAUGUACAUGUAUUUAAAAGACACCGUCUAGAAUGACACAUUUGUGCUUACUCUAGCCUUGUAAGUAUAUAAGUAUCUAUUUUCCUCAAUGGAUUUCUCUACAACUCCAAUUGUUACCAUGAUUGUUUGUAUGAAUGUAGAACACCUUAAUUUCUUUUUAUAUAUAAACUAUUUAAUAAAAUGAAAUCUUGAAUGUUAGAGGCUUGGGGAGAGGAGAAGGGGAGAAGCUUUAACACUAAUUUUCCAAAGGCUUCACAGACAUUCAGAUUAAAUUGAUGCCUUAUUGAAUUGUGUUGAAGGGGAAAAAUAACAUCUCCCAGAUAUGUUAGGGAACAGGAAGAGAGCCCCGACUUCACGAGCCGCCCAAGUUUAAUUUGGUCGCUCAGCGACCUUUUGGCCUCAGACUGCUGGAGAAUUGCUCAUCCCGGGUGAUUCUGCAGGCGCUGGUCUGAUUAUUCUCUUCUUUUUAUUUCCUCAGGUGGGAGGAUGGGGUGUGAGAUGAAAUCUUAUUUUUAUUUAAUAUGGGUUUAGAACCUCCUGGAAGAGGUUGUCCAGUUGCCUUACAUGCACAAUUUUACCCUGUUGUUCAAGCAUUAGGAAAGAAAUCCCCACGCCCAACAUUUCGGAUCAAUGGCUCAAAGCAGCCACUGGGGAAACUUCCCUAAGGGAGAACCGAACCUUUAGCUAGGACUGAAAGCAGCCCCUGCUUUCCUGUCCUCCCGUGACCCUCCCACUGCAACCUAUUAAACAAUGUUGCCAGUGUUCAAUAGUACAGUUUGAAAUUCGCAAUGCAUUUGUAUCCACAACCUUGCUGGUUUCUACAAACUCGAAACAUACAACAGGGGAACUUUUUAAGAAAAAAAAAAACAAACUUGGCAAAUUUACCUAAUUGUUUUAAAUAACUGAUGUGUUUUCUUAAAUACUAUUUUGGUAUUUUCUACCUCUUAUAAGUACCACAUUUUAGAUCUUGUACAAAAUGUUUGACCAUCUGCCUUAUUACGCCCCAAACGAUGGGAUCGCCGAUCUUCCUUUGAACUCUCCGUUCUGUUUUGAUGACUCUCCAAGUGUCCCGCAGCAUUGAGCUGUGUCCUGUCCAUCGCUCUCUCCCAUCCACUUCCCUCCUGUCCAGUGUCUCUGCUUCACGAACUUGGCAGCUGCCUAAGAGAAAGCACAGAUUCAGACCACAGGGCGAGGCAGUUUGCCUUUCGUACUGGCGAGUGAUUCCAAAUCACAGUCAUAUGCUCAUAUGUGCAACAAAGGAAAUGUAUGACCAAGCAAUUGCCCAAAUGAUAUUAGAAUUGAGGCCUCAUUAAUGCCUAAACUUUCUAUCCUGAUGCACAAGUCAGUGCUGGGGAAGCUCAACGCUGGGUAAGAAUGUAAGGAAAGGUUUCUGCAAAAAGAAAGAAAAAACAAAAUAAAAUGUUUGACAGGUUUCAAAGUAGGCAAGCAUUUGACCUGCCACAAUAAAAAGUGAGAAAAAAGGCAGAAGCCUCAUGGGUUGGUAAGCUUAGGACAGUGGUAGGAUUUUGGCAUUGCAUGGAACAGGUGAGCUCUUUCCCAGGGCAAAGGACAACUGUCCACUGAGGUUUCCGACAAUAAAAUCCUCCUUCAAAA